AUGCUGUUAAGAAUACCAAGGAGUCUAUCGACCAUAUCCGCCCAAGAAUUCGCCAGCGAUCCAGACGCCACGUUGGGGAAAAUGCAUAUCAAAAGGGCGCAAACAAACGACGUCCACGGGCUCAAUAAUUCAACCGCAUAUAUUGUCGCUGCAAUCAUCUGCGGUAUUGUCGUCCUGGGCAUAUUAUGGAUCCUCGUCCGAAGUUUGCGCGCAAGACAUCCCGAGCCCAAAUACAUCCCGACUCCGUUCCUGAAAGGUUUAUGGACCCGAUGGACGCCUUCGAAUUUGAACUACCAGAGGCCCGCCGCAGGAAGCGAUAACAGAUGGGGAGAUGCAUCGCGCAACAGGUCGCCCGCAGGCCCCGCCGGCGGCAAUUCGAACAGUCAAGAUGGCAGAGAGCCGAUGCGGUCGUCGCCCGGAGCGACUGCGGCCGUUGACCGUCACGCCUCUAUCAGAUCGAUCAUGACCCUACCGGCGUACCGAACCAAGGCCAACGAGGGAGAGGAGGUGCUGGGAGUGGCGGGCGAGCGUGACGGCAUCGACGUGGUGGUGGAGAUGCCUACCGCUGAGCAGGAGGAGGCCCUGCGCGACGAAGAGAUGGAUGCGCUCUUCCAGAUCCGCCAGGCGAGGCGACGACAAAUGGCGGAGCGUGAGGAGAGAUACGCCCGUCGCGAACAGGCCCGCACCGCCAACGACGCAGUGGCCAUGCGCGCCAUCCGCCACGAGGCACGGGAAGCACGAGCCCAGAACUCGGAAGAGAUCGAGGCGCUGCGUGUAGUACAGGAGCAAACUAAACUGGCCCGCCAGCGUGCCGUAAGUGCUGUCAGCUACGCCGGCAUCGGCGAGGUGCGUCACGACGGAACCAGAGCCCGCGCCAACAGCCAGGAGAGCGAACGCACGGGCCUGCUGAGCGACGCCGCCAGCAUCGCGGUAUCUUCUCGGCCCUCCACAAGCCUCUCCGCUCGCACGCUCUCUUCGCAGGGGCGGCAACGGAGCGCCUCGGAGCUCAGCAUCGACACGGCUCGCAGCCGACCUGUGUCGCCUGGGUUCCCAACUGGUGGUUCCACGGUAUCACGCUCAUCGUCUCGCUCGGUAACGCCUACAGUCACCCCACGCCGCAUGUCGCAUGCUGGCUCGAGUCCAGAGCUGAUCGACGCGGCCGAGGCCGACCUGGGCGAAGGCGGUACUCUCCCUCCGGACUAUGAGGAGAUAAACAUCUCCGACGCAGCCUCGGCUUCGGUACACAGCCUUCCCUCGGCUCGUCACACACCACUCCACGAGCCGCCGCCAGAAUAUUCCGGCCCGGUCCGCAACCCGGAUUACCACCGCAUGUCGCGACACGUGGCCGACCUCCUGGCGUCAAGGGGAACCGGCUCGGCCCACAGCAGUCCGGACCUGACAUCAAACCGGCGUGGAAGUGGGAGCCCUAAUAACAGCAACCGCAGCACCCCGCAGCUGCCCAGCAUAAAUCUGCAACCCGUGCCUCAGAUUGUGAUCGAGCCGUCAACUGCAAGGUCCGACCACUCGGAUCGUCAGCAUUUCUAA